AAAACCAUUACUACUGUUCCUGCUGGUCGGCCUCGUCGUAGACGUUUAGAUAAGAACAAAACAGAGCCUGUUAGGGAGGAAGUUGAUGAGGAUGAUCAGUACAUUAACAAUAUACUCCAAGAAUUACGUGUUGAGCUUGAUGUGAAACGGAGGGAAGAAGAGAGGCUGCAAAGAGAAAUAGCUGAUGUUCUCACAGAGUGUGCUUCAGGAAGUACCGGUGGCGAGCAAAGUCGUGCUUUUGGUAUGGCUGUGUCUCGCCUGAAUAAUGCAAUGCUGGUGGUGGAAGCAGACGCAAAACAACUUGCUUCAAGCUUGCGAACAAUCUCUAGGCUAGCAGAUAAUAUCAGUGGCAAGGUUUCCGCCUUGGAUGUUGCAAAAACACGUGUUGUUGAGUGCCUUCAACUUGCUGGUGAUAUGCAUGAUUUAGGGGUGUGUAGCGAGGAAGUGGAUAAAUGCAUAAACAACGAAGACUAUGAGCAAGCAGCACAACAUAUUCAUCGGUUUUUAACUCUGGAUAGAGCUGUUUUUCAAUUCAGUAGUGCAGCUGACAAAGAGGCUGGCCAGUCGGUAUCCCAUAGUUACGAAAUCCUAACAAAUGCCACUAGUCGUUUGAAAGAAAUUCUUGAACGCAAGCUGGAAGCAGCAGUGGAUUCUGAGGAUGUAGCAACAAUGCAAAGAUUUGUCAAGUUAUUCCCACUCAUAAAUGAACAUGACAGCGGUCUGGUACGAUUCGGCAAAUACUUGAGUCGACAGAUUACGAAAAUCGGCGAGGAUAAUUUGAAGAUAAUGGGUGCUGGUGGCUUAGACGAUAAGAGGAUAGAAGUGCUCUAUGCUGACACUCUGUUUUUAUUCUUUGAA